CGGGCUCACUGGUUAUGCGCCGGCUAGGUGCACGUGUGGUCAGGGUUUCCGGGAGGAUUUUUGGCGUUAAUUCGGAUCUGGUGCCGGGAUCAGGGUAUUCAUUUAGUCGCAGAGUGUGUCAAGAAGUAGACGAUAUGUCUGUUGAACGAAAGAGCACCGCCAAGGUUGACUUCUUGAAGGGCAUUGAGACAGAUGUCCAGCAGCAAUGGGAGAAGAUGAAGAUCUUUGAGAUUGAUGCCCCAGAUCCAGGAAGUGAUGCUGCGAAGAAGGGAAAGUUCUUUUGCACUUUCCCCUACCCGUACAUGAACGGCAAACUCCAUUUGGGUCACACAUUCACAUUGGCCAAGGCUGAGUUUGCUUCAGGCUUCCAGCGUCUCAAAGGCAAAAACACACUCUACCCUUUUGCAUUCCACUGUACGGGAAUGCCAAUCAAGGCAUGUGCUGAUAAAUUAAAGCGAGAAAUGGAACAGUUUGGGAACCCGCCACGCUUCCCUGCUGUUGAUGAGAACACUCAGGAUAAAAAACAGAUGAAAAGCAAAGUCCUUGCAAAAACUGGCAAUGUUACCUAUCAAUGGCAAAUUAUGCAGUCUCUAGGGAUUCCCCAAGAAGAGAUUCCCAAAUUUGCUGAGACUGACUAUUGGCUCAGCUAUUUCCCACCACUUGCAAAAGAAGACUUGAAAAGCAUGGGUCUCAAGACUGAUUGGCGGCGUAGCUACAUCACCACAGAUGUCAACCCCUACUAUGACUCAUUUGUCAGAUGGCAUUUCUGGAACCUCAAGGAGCGUGGAAAAGUCAAGUUUGGUAAACGGUACACAAUCUUCUCCCCAGCAGAUGAUCAGCCAUGCAUGGACCAUGACAGACAAAGUGGAGAGGGUGUCGGUCCACAAGAGUACAAUGUUAUCAAGAUGAAGGUGGUUCCACCUUUUAAAGAAAAACUCAGUGUUCUAGAAGGCAAGAAUGUUUACCUUGUUGCUGCUACACUUAGACCAGAGACUAUGUAUGGACAAACCAACUGCUGGGUUAGACCUGAUAUGAAGUAUAUUGCAUUUGAGACAAAUGUUCCCAAUGAUGUGUACAUCUGCACUCAGCGAGCUGCGAGGAACAUGUCGUAUCAGGGAUUUACUGCAAAGGAAAGCCAUGUGAACAUACUUGCAAAGCUAACGGGCCAGGAUAUCAUGGGCAUUGCUCUUGAAGCCCCUUUGACAUCAAACAAAAUUAUUUACACACUACCUAUGUUGACAAUAAAAGAAGACAAAGGAACUGGAAUUGUCACGUCAGUGCCAUCAGAUGCGCCUGACGACUAUGCAGCUCUGCGGGACAUCCAGAAAAAGCCGGACUUUCGUAAAAAGUAUGGCAUUACUGAUGAAAUGGCGCUCCCUUUCAACCCAAUUCCCAUAAUCAACGUCCCUGGUUAUGGAGAUCUGUGUGCGGUGAAAGCCUGUGAAGACAUGAAAAUCAAGAGCCAGAAUGACCGCGACCUGUUACUAGAGGCUAAAGAGUUAUCCUACAAGAAAGGCUUCUAUGAGGGGACCAUGAUUGUUGGAGAAUUUGCUGGACAGAAAGUACAGGAGGUUAAAAAGCUUGUGCAGAUGAAGAUGCUACAAGCAGGUGACGCUCGCAUCUACAUGGAGCCCGAGAAGCUGGUUAUCUCGCGGUCUGGUGAUGAGUGUGUGGUAGCUCUCUGUGAUCAAUGGUAUCUAGACUACGGGGAGCCGGCUUGGAGAGCACAAGCCACUGAAGCACUAUCUCAAUGUAACACGUUUUCAGAAGAGACACGAAGGAACUUUGUUGCAACCUUGGACUGGCUUCAUGAGCAUGCCUGCUCUAGGUCUUAUGGCCUUGGUACUCGUCUCCCCUGGGAUGAGCAGUAUCUGGUUGAAUCUCUGUCUGACUCGACAAUCUACAAUGCAUAUUAUACCGUGGCACACCUUCUCCAAGGGGGCGUGUUUGAUGGCUCCGCUGGCAGUCCAGUUGGUAUCAUGCCAGAGCAGAUGACGAAAGCAGUGUGGGACUAUGUGUUUUUCCAUGAUGCACCUCUCCCCCAGACAGAGAUCUCCAAAGAAGUGUUAAGCAAACUUCGCCAGGAGUUCCAGUACUGGUACCCGGUCGAUCUUCGUGUGUCCGGGAAAGACCUGGUGCCCAAUCACCUGACCUACUAUCUGUAUAAUCACUGUGCUAUUUGGCCCAACGAGAAAAGCAAAUGGCCAAAAGGAGUUCGCGCCAAUGGACAUCUACUGCUCAACUCAGAAAAGAUGUCCAAGUCGACUGGCAACUUCCUGACCCUUCGCCAGGCGAUUAACAAGUUCUCCGCUGAUGGUAUGCGGCUGGCACUUGCAGACGCCGGUGACACUCUUGAAGAUGCGAACUUCGUGGAGAAAAUGGCGGAUGCUGGGAUUCUCAGACUGUACACCUUCCACGAAUGGAUAAGGGAAAUGAUCGCCUCCAAAGACCAGCUGCGGACAGGACCAAAGACUUCAUAUGAGGAUAGGGUGUUCGAAAGUGAGAUCAAUCAGGCGAUUCGUCAGACAGAGUUAAACUACGAGCAGAUGACGUACCGUGACGCGGUCAAGACAGGCUUCUACGAGCUCCAAGCGUCACGUGACAAGUACCGAGAGAUGUGCCUCAACGGAAUGCACCGCGACCUAGUGUUCCGGUUUAUAGAGGUACAGACCCUUCUGCUUUCACCGAUCUGUCCCCAUCUUUGUGAGGACAUUUGGAAAGUCAUCGGAAAGAGCGGCAGCAUUCUGAAUGCUGAUUGGCCCGUAGCUGGUGACGUAGAUGAGACUUUACUCAAGUCUGCUGUGUACCUGACGAGCAGCACUCACGAGUUCCGCCUUCGCAUCAAGAACCUUCUCGCGCCCAAGGGCAAAAAGCAAAAGGACGCACCGCCUCCCGCUAAACCCACCCUUGGUCUGGUAUACGUCGCCAGUUCGUUCCCUCCUUGGCAACACGUCACCUUGACAACACUCAAGCAGCUUUACCAUAGCAACGGUGGGGCGUUUCCUGAUAACCGCAUCAUUAUGAAUUCUCUGAAAGACGCUGCCGAGGUCAAGAAGUACACGAAGAAACUGAUGCCCUUCGUGCAGUAUGUCAGGAGUAAUGUGGAGCGGGACGGACCAUCUGCGAUGGACACGACGGUACCGUUCAACGAGCUGGAAGUUCUGAGGGAGAAUGAAGGUUAUCUCAAGAAAGCACUCGAUCUGGUUCACUUGGAGAUUAAGCCAUCGAGCGAGGGAGAUGCAAAGGUCCAGGAAGAAUGUGCACCAGGCAAACCCUUCACGGUGUUCUCAGCGCAGUCGAUGGUCAAUGGUCACGUGACUCAAAGCAAAGCCCCUAUACCUGCCGACAAGCCGACCGUGCCCUCCCCGGUGUGUCGGUUUGUAAACGUGCAGUUAGUGGGCGUGUCCCCAGCCUGUGGGUCCCGGGGACAGUGCGCUACCGUGCUGUUGGAGAAUCCCCGGGGCGAGUUCAUUCUCUCACGUGAUCAGCUUCUGCACCAGGUCAAGUGUGUAUUCGGCCUUAGGGACAGGAAGCUUGUCUUGUGCGAAUCGUCCAAGUGCGACUCAGAUCUUGGCGUGCUUGAUGUCACCAAACUGCAUGGCAAGACCAUAUACGCAUGCGUUAAGAAAUAGCUCAACCAGGCCUUUUCCUCUGACCUGGAGUGAACUGGCUAGCCGCGUGUUUUCACCAUCGCCGCCCGUUUCCUCGUCGCCCGUGUCUGUCCAUAUGUAUUCCUAGAGGUCAUCGGUCGUUAUGGUUACCUAGGUUCCAAUGGGGUCGUUCUAGCACUUUCGUGUUUAUUUGCACUGCUUUGAGGCAAUUGACGAGCAAGAACCUGUAGCAAGAUGCUUUAACAGCACAUAAGCACAACCAAUACAGUAGAGCUAGUAUACGAGUCACUUAAAAUAAGGCAUCCAUAUAUCCCUUCGACCUCCUGACUCGGCUCUAGCAAAUAGUCACAUACAAGAAAGAAUUCAUGUAUUUUAUGGUGUCGAUAAAAUAAUAAUAUAAAAUAA